CAGGUAUCAAAGUUCAAGAGUGCUCUUAAACCACAGUGUUGUUAUAGCAGCCUGUGUUCUGAUAAGUAAAGAGUUAACAUCCCAGAGUGUUGUGCUUCAUCCUUCUUGCUGCAAAGUGAAACAUAAGCUGAUGUUUAGAUAUUCAGGACCUAAGCUAUUCAUGGCGGGACGUCUAGCUCUGCGUUCAGCCGAGCCAACGGCUUUUCGGGUGUUCCUUGGGUCCACCACAGCCAGUCUGAACUUAAAGAGAAAUGCAGGUGGAAAUGCUACACCUCUUGGGAGUAUCAAGACUGAGGCUGACCUCACUGAGAUCACUCUUCCGACAAUACUGUACAGGAUGAUCUUUAAAGGGUACCACAAUCGCAUGCAUGAGCUGCAGUUAUAUGAAAGGCAGUUGUAUGGACCCAUGUUUAAAGUAAGAGGUGGCAACACACAUGUAAUUUCGCUGAAUAGUGUGGAGCUGCUGGAGGAGCUGAUGAGGAAAGAUGAUAAAUUCCCUAGCAGAGGAGACAUGACUCUCUGGACUGAAUACCGAGAUAUGAACGGUUUGGGUUAUGGUCCUAUCACUGAAGAAGGAGAAAAGUGGUACAAACUCCGAUCGGUGUUGAACAAGCGUAUGCUGCAUCCAAAGAACUCUGUGCAGUAUGAGAAUAUGAUUAAUGAGGUUGUCACAGAUUUUAUCAAACGUAUAUGCCAUUUACGAAAAAUGAGCUCCACUGGAGACCUGGUACCCAACAUAUCCAAUGAGCUGUACCGUUUCACUCUAGAAGGAAUCGCCCGCAUACUGUUUGAGACUCGUAUUGGCUGUCUUGAGAAUGAGAUUCCAGCAGAGACUCAAAACUUCAUUGACUCCAUCGGCCAGAUGUUUACUCAUUUCAUGGUUUUGUCUCUGUUACCCAAGUGGACCCACAAUUAUUUGCCAUUCUGGCAGCGUUACAUAAGUGGUUGGGAUGGAAUCUUUCGAUUCGCCUGCAAGCUAAUUGACAGGAAGAUGGAGCACAUUCAGAUGUGCCUGGAUGCAGGUCAGGAAAUUGCAGGAGGGUAUCUCAGCUACCUGCUUUCCAAGAUCAACAUGAGCAAAAAAGAUGUGUAUGGGAGCGUUAGUGAGCUGCUCCUGGCAGGAGUAGACACAACAUCCAACACUAUGAUGUGGGCCUUGUACCUGCUGUCACAAGAUCCAAAGGCACAGGAAACACUGUAUCAGGAAGUUAACAGCAUCAUCAAAGGGGAAAAAAUUCCAACAGCUGAGGACAUAAACAGCAUGCCCUACCUCAAGUCUGUCAUCAAGGAGACUCUAAGAAUGUACCCAAUUGUUUCCAUGAACACACGCCUUUUAUCAGAAAACGACGUGAUUAUCGGAGGACACUUCUUCCCUAAGAAGACCACAUUUAUAAUGAAUCAUUAUGCAAUCAGUCAUGAUGAGACAGUAUUCCCUGAACCAAGAGUCUUCAAGCCUGAACGCUGGUUGCGAGAUGGGAGAGAGCGACCUAUUCCUUUCGGAUCCAUUCCAUUUGGGUUUGGAGUGAGGGGGUGUGUUGGUAAACGGAUUGCUGAAUUGGAAAUGCACUUGACUCUGGCAAGGAUAAUAAAACUGUUUGAAGUCAAGCUGGAUCCCAGCGUGGGAGAGGUCAAAUCUCUCAGUCGUACUGUGCUUGUUGCAGACAGAACAGUCAAUUUUCAUUUUCUGGAGCGGAAACUCAUGUAACGACUUAAAACUGUUCUGAGCUUUAACAUCAACCAAACUAAGCCACAGAAGAAAUCUAUACACCCAGCAUAAAAAAUCUUUCCAAAGCCCCUUUCUCCAAAGAGAACAGUGCCGUGGUAUCAUGCUUGGCCAAAAGUAGCCAAAUGCACAGAGACUGUUCUGUCACCUGUAAGGAAGUCAAUGUCAGUCCUUCUACCAUUCUUUCUGCAAGUACACUCUGUAAUCUCAUUCGUUGUGUGUGUGUAAUCUCACACACACACACACACACACACACACACACACACAUACACACAUACACACAUGUGCAUCUCAAAAAAUUAGAAUAUCAUGGAAAAGUAAAUUUCUUCCCAUAAUUUAAUUCAAAAAGUGGAACUUUCAUAUAUUCUAGAUUCAUUACACAUAAAGUGAUUUUUUUUCUUUGUUGUAAUUAUGCCUUACAACUCAUGGAAAUAAUAUUUUUAAAAAAACAGUAUUUCAAAAUAUUAGAAUAAAGAAUUUAUAAUACAGAAACGACCUGAGAAGAGCUCUAAUCAGCAAGUUAACUCAAAACACCUGCAAAUGUUUUCUGAGCCUUUAAUCUCCCAGUCUGGUUCAGUACACACAAACACAAUCAUGGGGAAGAUGAAAGUAAAUUUUGCAUUUCAUUUGGAAAUCAAGGUCCCAGAGUCUGGAGGAAGAGUGGAGAGGCACAGAAUCCAAGUUGUUUGAAGUCCAGUGUGAAGUUUCCACAGUCAGUGAUGAUUUGAGAUGCCAUGUCAUCUGCUGGUGUUGGUCCUCUGUGUUUUCUGAAGUCGAGUGUCAGUGCAGCAUCUACCGGGAGAUUUUAGAGCACUUCAUGCUUCCAUCUGCUGACGAGCUUUAUGGAGAUGCUGAUUUCCUUUUCAAGCAGGACAAAACUAAUAGCAACUGGUUUGCUGACCAUGGUAUUACUGUGCUUGAUUGGCCAGUCAACUCGCCUGACCUGAAACCAGUAGAGAAUCUAUGAGAGACACCAGACCCAACAAUACAGACGAGAUGAAGGCUGCUAUCAAAGCAACCUGGGCUUCCAUAACACCUCAGAAGUGCCACAGGCUGAUUGCCUCCAUGCCGUAUUGAUGCAGUAAUUCAUGCAAAAGGAGCUGAGUGCAUAAAUUAACAUACUUUUCAGAAGGUUGACAUUUCUGUAUUAUAAAUUCUUUAUUGUAAUAUUUUUAGAUACUGGAUUUUUGAUUUCCAUGAGCUGUAAGCCAUAAUUAUCAAGAUUAAAACAAAACAAAAAAAGGCUUGAAAUUUUAUUUGUCCAUUGCACUUUAUGAGAAGUAAUAUAAUAAAGUUCAGAGUAGCUCCAACUUA